AUGGCAAUGGCAGCAGUAGCAGUAGUGACAGAAGCGGUACCAUUAAUAGCAGAAGCAACAGUAGCAGUACCAGCUAGCAGUAGCAAAACAACCAGUAGCAGCAAAAGAAAUGCCAGUGGAAGUAGUACUAUAGAAUUACCAGCAAAAACAUUACCAGUAGUAGCAGUACCAACUGUAGCAGUGCCAGCAAUAAUAGAAGUAUCAGCAGAAGCAAAAGCAGCAGUAGCAGCGAAAGGAGAACAAGCAGAAAGAGAGGCAGCAGUUGCAGCAAAGGCAAUACAAGUAGUAGCAUUAGCGGCUGGAUCAGUGCCAGCAAAAGCAGUAGUAACAGUAGGAGCAGCAGCAAAUGCAAUAUCAACAGUACCAGUACCAGCAAUAGGGGUACAAUCAGUAGUAGUAGCAGCAGACGAAGUACUAGCAGUAGCAGUGAGUAGCAGCAGUAUAAGCAGUAGAAGUACAAAUAGAAGCAAAAGCAGCAGAAGCAGUAAGCAUAAGUAG